CUGUCAGACUUUGGCCACCCUAAAAGUGUAGGUUUUGUUAGCAAACUAACUCGAACUGUUCAACCCGCGCAGACUUUAUUCAAAGUUGUGCAUCCAUCUGCGGAUUGAUCUUUGAACGCGCCAGCUGGUGAUUGUAGCACUAAGAUUGCACGAAGACGAACUGUUUAGUUUUAAUCGCUGCUAGUUUUUGCACAAGCCAGCGAUCCUGAGCGGGUGUAAGGCUAGAUGCAGGGAGGGAGGGAGUAAAAAAAGGCAAAAGUCUUUGUGCUUCCCUUCCCCCUCAUCAAAGCAAAGGGGAAAUGUCUCUGUCUAAAGGAGGGAAGAAGAAGAACCCUGGGCUGAAGCUGGCCAAAGAAGUGUUUGCACAGCCCCCCCCAGCAGCAGCAGCGCCCCCUCGAGAUCUUGACUCGAAAGCUUGCGUCACAAUUGGAGACCAGAACUUUGUGGUGAAGGCAGAUGACUUGGAGCAGAUUGGAGAGCUGGGCAGGGGGGCGUACGGCGUGGUCGACAAGAUGAAACAUGUGCCCAGCGGUGUUAUCAUGGCUGUCAAGAGGAUUCGUGCCACCGUCAACACGCUGGAGCAGAAGAGGCUUCUGAUGGACUUGGACAUUUCUAUGAGGACAGUGGACUGCUUCCACACCGUCACAUUCUACGGUGCCCUCUUCAGAGAGGGGGAUGUCUGGAUCUGCAUGGAGCUCAUGGACACGUCUCUGGAUAAGUUCUAUAAGAAAGUUAUCGAGAAAGGCAAAGACUUCCCAGAGGACAUCCUGGGCAAGAUCACAGUAGCAGUUGUCAAGGCCUUAGAUCAUCUGCACAGUAACCUGUCAGUGAUACACAGAGAUGUGAAGCCCUCCAAUGUUCUGAUCAACACUCAGGGCCAAGUGAAAAUGUGUGACUUCGGCAUCAGUGGCCACCUGGUCGACUCGGUGGCCAAAACAAUGGACGCAGGCUGCAAGCCCUACAUGGCGCCUGAGCGGAUCAACCCCGACCUCAACCAGAAAGGCUACAGUGUCAAGUCAGACAUAUGGAGUCUUGGUAUCACCAUGAUUGAACUGGCCAUAUUGAAAUUCCCCUACGACUCAUGGGGAACCCCGUUCCAGCAGCUCAAACAGGUGGUGGACGAGCCGUCCCCACAGCUGCCUGCCGACCGUUUCUCCCCAGAGAUGGUGGACUUCAUCUCCCAGUGCUUAAGAAAGAAGCCAAAUGAGAGACCAGCUUAUACAGAAUUAAUGCAACAUCCAUUUCUCACCCUGCAUGACUCCAAAGACACAGACGUGGCCAGUUUUGUCAAGGUCAUCCUCAAAGACUGAGGGCCUCCUCCAGGCCCCGGCCCAUCAGGCUAGGCGGGACCUGUUAGCAACCAAACCAAUGUCCUACCUUUUUUCUUUUUCUUCUUUUUUUUUUUUAAAAACUCACUGGAAUGACUCUCACACACAACAGGCGGGCGACCCAAAGACUGACAGCAGCCCAGCAGCACUGGAGAGAGAGAGAGAGAGAGAGAGAUAGAGAUAGAGAGAGAGAGGUGGUAAUAAUAUGAACUCAUACAGUUAAAUCCAACUGGAGAGGUUUAAUUCGCUCCUCCAAGCUUCCUGUGUGUGCAAUUAUUCAACUUGUCAAA